AUGACUUCAAAUUCCAACCUCAGAUUCAUUAAAACUUGGUCUUUAACUACUACUACUGAUGACAUGAAUUCGUCUCAGCAUUUUGAUUUUGUCAAUUUUGAUAAUUACUUUUCUUACCUUGACCUUGUAUUCGACGAUAUGGACCAAUCAAUUGAUUCGUUCUUUGAGAACAGGCAAGAUGAGUGGUUUGAGAGGGAUGAAGGAGGACGAUUUUUUAUUUUGCGACAACAACGUUAUCAGUCUAUUAAACGACUUUAUCCGAAACAAUACAAUUCGAAAUCGUCUCCUUCCUUCUCCUCAACAGCAUCAACAUAUUCACGAUGUGUUGAAAGAACUGGUAUUAGUUCGGUCAUUAAUCAUUACUUUAUUGAUUUUAAUGAUAUUAUCAUUUAUACGAAUUCAAAUGAUCUACUUAACCUUUCAAUCGGACUUGUUCAACGACAACAAAGAUCAUUUUUAAGUUUUAACGUAAAUGCUUUUAAGAAAGGAUUUGAUGAUAUUGAAUGGAACUUGGAAUCUUAUAAAAUGAAAAAACAACCAAAUGCUGGCGGUGGAAGUUUCUUGUCAGAGAUCUUUUCUUGUGAAAUUAUCACGAGGAUCUUAAAUGUGGAGUUGUUUAAAACCGAGAUGGAAAUCGAUUACUUCUUCGAAAAUCAGCCAAUGACCGAUUAUUUGGUUAAUUUUCGUCAUCUUUUUAAACAAACUUCUGCUUUGACGCUUGGAGUAUCAGUAACCAGAGCGUACGCACAUAAGAGAAGUUACACAAAACUUGACGCGUAUCGACUCCUAGCGAAAAAACUUGCAGGAAUCAAUUGUUCUACGAGGAAUAUAACAAACGCAAAAUUAUGGAAGCAAGUUUUACAUAUCUGGUGUCCAAGUGGAAAAGUUGCUAGGAUUGUUAGGAAGGUUUAUAACAAGUUGGAUAAUAAAUUAAAGAGUAAUACCGUCGUUAUCGUCACGAUAGUUAAUUGUAAAUGGGUUUUCACCAAUAAACGAUAA